AUGUUUGGUAACUACCUUACUGGUGGUCUACCACACGCGAUGCCUUCGUUAAUGGCACCUGCGAUGCCCUCUGUUGAACCUGUGAGAGUCGGGCAGUGCAAGCUGGUCGUGCGUCAACAACCAUACGAAGCACUCGUCUCUAUCGAGGGCAAGGAAAAGUCUCGCAAGCCCAUCGAUCCUCCGCCCAUUGUCGAGCUGCAGGUAAACAACCCAUCGGAUCCUGGCAGGCAAUGGCUCCAGAGCCCAUACUUCUUCGUUGUCGUGGACUUGAUUGAGAACGGUAGAAGCAAGCGCCGGGAACCGGAUGCCAUGAUAGGACCUUUGACGGGUACGCUGACCUCAUCACUACACCGCCUCAAGGACAGUGACAACAUUGACAAAGGCUUCACGGUCUUCGCUGAUGUCUCGGUUACUCUCGUGGGCACCUUCAGACUCCGCUUCAGCCUCUUCGAGCUGCAAAGAAACGGCACAAUGUCGAUGUUCCUGGCCAGUGUCGACAGCGAAGAGUUCAACGUUGUCGCCGCAAAAGACUUCAAAGGCAUGGCAGAGUCCAGCGUCCUCUCAAGGUCCUUCUCUGACCAGGGAGUCCGCCUUCGUCUUCGCAAAGAACCUCGCGGAUUGUCGGGCAACAAGCGCAAGCAUGGUGCAGCUGCUUCCGAGGAGAAAGACAAGCCCGACCGACAAAAUCAGACGAGCGAUCCCUCAUCCUACGACGAGAAAUCUUCUCCAGUCAAGAGGUACAAGUACGAGACCGACGAACGCAAGGACAGCCUUCCGACAGUCCCUCACGCCAACGUCAACUCGUCCGCCAACAUGAACUCAUCCACCAACAUGAACUCGUCCGCGUACAGCAAUCCCUCCUUGUACAACCCGCUUCCGAGCUACACAUCACCUAGCCAUGCUUUGUCCAGGCAAACCGCGCUUCUAACCCCCUCGCAUUCAGCAAUGCCUGGUUACAACUUCAGCAAUGUCGGAUUGCAGGGCAACUUUCCCCGCACAACAAUGGGAGCCUCACAGCAAUACCAACAACGGUUGCCCGUUGCGAAUUCACCAGCCCUGUACAGCCAGCAAAUGUACCAGAAUCCUCCCAACAGCACCAUUUCGAAUGGAUACAGCAACGAUAGCAACGUCUUCAAAUAUGUUGGACAGCGCAUCUACCCCACCUACCCCGACAACAACGACUUUGAUGGAAAUCCCUCGUUCCAUCAUGGUCAGUAG